AUGUUCGCAAGUUAUUCCCGCCGCUGCGGCGAGGUGCCACCCUUGACGUGUACCUCAACUCGUCAGUUGACCAAAAAUCUGUCAGAAGAAUUGAAGGUAGUGACCGAUGCGAAAAAAUGUCACAAAUAUCCGGCAUUCAAGCGGGGACCUUAUGACGACCGUUACUUCCUCACUUCCGAUGAACGCAUCUUGGAGUACGACAUUGAUUCGGUUGUAUUCGAAGAAAACUCGCCUUAUCAGAAAGUCCAAAUCGUUCAUUCGAAGAGUCUGGGUAACCUUCUCAUUUUGGAUGAGCUACAGAACUUGUCCGAGCGAGAUUUGAUCUACACUGAAACCCUGAUGCAACGUGGCAAGGUCGACUACAAGGGCAAAGAGGUGGUGAUUCUCGGGGGAGGGGAUGGUGCCCUGUUGUACGAAUUGCUCAAAGAAGAACCGGCCUUUGUUACCAUGAUGGAGCUGGAUGAAGUUGUUUUGAGAGCGUGUAGAGAACAUUUGAGGGGCUGUUGCGGCAACUGCCUGGAUCAGUUGAAAGGAGAUAGAUAUGAGAUAAUAGUUGAUGAUUGCGUGAAAUCCUUGGACAAGAUGAUAAAGGAGGGCAAGAAAGUGGACUUUGUGUUUGGUGACCUGACCGACAUCCCAGUGUCGACCACACCGCAGGGUGAGGCCUGGGACUUCAUCCGGCUCAUUCUCAACAAGGCAAUGCAAGUGCUCAAGCCCAAGGGCAUGUACAUGACUCAUGGAAAUGGUGCGUCAAGUCCGCAAUCGUUGAAGAUGUUUGAAGAGCAAUUGAACAAUCUGGAAGUGCCCGUUGAAUUCACUACUGACCGGGCCUUUGUUCCGUCCUUCCUCGAAGACUGGGUCUUCUAUCAGGUAUGGCAAAAGCCAUUGCCCAACUAGCAGCAACUGGUGACGUUAAAAGGCAGGGAGGGUGGCGUGUCCAAGGAUCAAAGCGAAACACAUCACAGCCGUCCGUGGCCUUCCUGAUAUUCGAUAAAUAAUUCAGCUUCUGUUUGUUGGUAGAUUGUAAAAGGGAUUCUGGGACAAGUCAUUGAGCUCUGGUCACUAAUUAGUUUUUAAAGGGGGUUCUGGGACAAUGUCAUUCACCUCUGGCCAAUUAGUAGUUUUUAAAGGGGGUUCUGGGACAAUGUCAUUCACCUCUGGCCAAUUAGUAGUUUUCAAAGGGGGUUCUGGGACAAUGUCAUUCACCUCUGGCCAAUUAGUAGUUUUUAAAGGGGGUUCUGGGACAAUGUCAUUCACCUCUGGCCAAUAAGUAGUUUUUAAAGGGGGUUCUGGGACAAUGUCAUUCACCUCUGGCCAAUUAGUAGUUUUUAAAGGGGGUUCUGGGACAAUGUCAUUCACCUCUGGCCAAUUAGUAGUUUUUAAAGGGGGUUCUGGGACAAUGUCAUUCACCUCUGGCCAAUUAGUAGUUUUUAAAGGGGGUUCUGGGGCAAUGUCAUUAACCUCUUGACCUCUGGCCAAUAAGUAGUUUGUAAAGAGGAUUUUGGGACAAUGUCAUUGAACUCUGCCCCACUUACUAGAUGUUAAAGAGGGUUCUAGGACAAUGUCAUCGAACUCUAUCCCCUGGUGAUAGGUAUUAGGCUCAGUGAUAGGACAAUAUCAUCGACCUCUAGUCACCAAGUAGUUUGUGACAAGAGUUCUGGGACAAUGUCAUUGACCUUUAUCCCCUAGGUAGCAUGGUCUUAGGUCCAGUAAUCAGAAGGUGCCUGGCACAAGGUUUUGAUGACUUUGUCCAUGGUACCUUUUGAUUAAUGUGGAAACUGGACAAGAGGUCUAAUGGUGCCUAGGGAAAGGGGUCAAUGACUUUGUUCCAGAACACUUAUUUCAGGGUAGCAUGUUCUGAGGUAUAAU